AUGCUGAAUUCGAAUCUCAUCGUUCUGUUCGGAUUGAUCGUGGCUGCAUCGGCUGUUCCGCAUUUCGAGCGGAAAGCCGCUGCCGCUGGCGAUGCUGCCGGUGCAAAAGAGAACCUCGAAGACUAUUACAAGAUAAUUGACGACGACAAGCUGACGAUUGGCGAGGUUGAAGAAGCCCUUAAGAAGUUGGCGAUUGAGCGCGGCCACAAGGAAGCAUUGGAGAAAUUCAUGGUGAAAGCCGCCGAGGCGAAGGCCAAGAUCAUCACUGACGUCGACAAGUUCAUCAGCAACCUGUCGGCGGUCCAUAAAGAAGUGCUCUCCAUCCUUGACGAUAAGACGAAGAAGUUCGCCGAGCGCGACCAGCAAUUCGUGGACCUCUCGAAGAAGUAUCCGAGAGAAGUGAUGGUGUUCCAGGCCAUCUUCGGAGCCGCUGCAACUCCAUAUGGAGAUCUCGUUUCUCAGAGGAAGGGCAAAGCCUUCUUCAAAAAGCUGGUUCAGAAGUACGCCGAACACAUUUAA